AUGGCAGCUAUCGAUCCUGACGCCCUGCCAGAGUACGAGGACGAGGCGAGCUCCAAUAAGCCACCCCGCGCGACAUUGAGGAUCAUUCGAGCUCCUCCGGGUGUAGGCUUUGAUGAGGACGAUGAGGAUGACUCAGAUUAUGAUCUUGAGGAUGACGAUGAGUCUUCCGACGAUGAAGCAAAUGGUGGACCCAGUGAUCUCACCAAGGCUAAAUUGGCCAAGCAAGCUGCCAAACUCAAGGAAAUGGAAGAUGCGAUGGACGAGGACGACUCCGAUUCCGAUGGGGAUGAUGUUGAUCUCAAGGCCGCCAUCUCGAAGCUCAUCAAAGGAAAGGACAAGGUGACCGACGAUGACGGCAGCGAGAGCUCUGAAGGUCUCGAACUAGAUGAGGCGGUUGUCUGUACAUUGGAUCCUGAAAAGCAUUACCAACAACCGCUCGAUUUUGUCAUCACUGAAGAUGAGCGCGUUUUCUUCAAAGUGACCGGCACUCACGCCGUCUAUCUCACCGGAAACUUCGUUGUCCCUCUCGAUCAGGCCGAUGAGGACGAAAGCGACGAGGAAGACGAUGACUACGAUGACUACGACCUGUCGCCAGAUGAAGACGAGCUUGCUCUCAUGGGAGAAAUCGACGAAGAGAGCGACGAUCUCGACGAUAUGGCAAAUCCUCGAAUCAUGGAAAUCGACACCGAUGAUGACGAGAAGGUCUCUUCUAAGGCUCCUAAAAAGGAUGGCAAGGGCAAGAACAAGCGCCCUGCUGAGGACUCAGAAGAGAAUUUGGACGAUAUGAUGUCAAAGACCAUGAAGCCUGCCACAAACGGGGAACCCCCACUCAGCAAGAAACAACAAAAGAAGCUCAAGAAGAACAACGGUCAGGCUGUUGAGGCGCAGCAGCAAGCUCCCGCCGCUGCAAAGACGGACAAGAAGGUCCAAUUCGCCAAAAACCUUGAACAAGGGCCAAGUGGUUCAGCGCAGCAGAAAAAGGAAGCUCCCAAGCAGGAAGAGCCUAAAUCCACUGUCAAGGAAGUCCAGGGCGUGAAAAUCGAAGACAAGAAAACAGGCAAAGGCCCUGUAGCCAAGAAGGGCAACAGAGUGUCGAUGCGUUAUAUCGGCAAACUUGAGAAUGGCAAAGUGUUUGAUUCAAACAAAAAAGGGAAACCGUUCUCUUUCAAGAUCGGCGCCGGCGAAGUGAUCAAGGGAUGGGAUAUUGGCAUUCCCGGUAUGGCGGUUGGCUCCGAACGACGGAUUACAGUCCCAUCUCAUCUUGCAUAUGGCAAAUCCUCCUUGCCCGGAAUUCCUGCCAAUUCCAAGCUCAUUUUCGAUGUAAAACUUCUUGAAAUCAAAUAG